AUGUGCGGAUGGAGCCAGGUGCCGGCGUCCCCAAAGUUCAAUGCUUUUAAGGUCCCUGAGCCUGUGGACAACUACUCCUCAAAGAUCGCGAUCCAGGAGAAGGAAGCCGAUAAAUCGGCACAGGAAUACAUUCAAGCUUCCAAACAGCGCAUUGCUGGGUACGAGAAAGAGCUGGAGAAGAUGAGAAACAUGAUCCACGUGGAAGAGAUGACCAUCGAUGACUUAAACGAAGCCUUCCCUGAGACCAAGUUGGACAAAGUCAAGCACCCGUUCUGGCCGUUCAAGCCCAUCUCCGCCCUCUAAAGGUGCAUCCAACGAGCCGCCGUUUGUUUGAGAAAUGUUGGCCCUCGGUGUGAAGAUGAUGGCACGUGGUAAAUGUUCCAUACCCUUAUUAACUGUAAAAUAAAUUGGCAUACGUCGUAAAAAAUAAAGAUGCAACCAGA